AUGGUGACCGAGGACCGUGUCAACUCCGAUCACGAAAACGAGGCAGAAUCUGCCAAGGUCAUGCACUUCCGCCUACUCGACCUUCCAGACGAGCUCUGGAGCAAGAUCGGAAAGCUCUUUAUUCAAGACACCCCGAUACUCGCGGACGAGAUCACGGACGCAGUUAGGAUUCGAUCGCGCAUGUCUGAGCAUUUCAUGCAGCCGCUCAUUACACGUACAUGCAGGGUCUUGCGUGCGGAACUACUUCCUCUCUAUUGUCAGACCAGGGUGUUUUCCUACGCAUUUGAACUUUCGGAGUCGGACGAACUUGGCAGAUGGGUCAAGGCCAUAGGACCAGACAACAGAGGGCUGGUGCGCGGGCUGGAUGUGACUGAAUCUUUACCUUGGAGCCGGGAAAUCAGCCAGCCUACGCUUGCGGCUCGAAUGAGGCUCGAAUGA